CCCCUUUCUACUCCCUCUCCUGCGCGCAGAUCUUCGUUUCUUUUAACUGUUAUAAAUUCAGCUAAGCGUUUCCUUCCAAUUAUGUUUUCCCUUUAUUGUGGAAUUUAAUUCUUUUAGAUGCCCUUUGUCCGUGGUUCCUUGCUGACUAUAGCUAUUCAACAAAUCAGAUUAAAUUAUUUGAUUCCAGGGCCGUGUCAUCGAAGGAACGAUUCCAUUUUUCCACUAGCGAAUAAAAAGUUUCAAUACUAUAAGCUGGGUUCAUUAUUUUCGUCUUUAAUUAGUAUCAUUUGUCCGUGUUCAUAUUUCCUCUAGGCCAUGGACAGUGGUUCGCAAGAAACGAGAACUCGAAGGCAGCAUCCUGUUACUCAGAAUUCCCCAUCACUGGCAAUCUCCUGUACAGCAAAAUUGCCUCAAGAUGUACAAAUUUCGCCAAUUACUGGGGAUGACGAGCGUGGAGACUUCAACUCCAAUAAUGACUCGUCUGCAUCUGGACUUCUCAAAACUUUACAUAUAUCAACAAGACUAAUGGAUGAUUUUCUCGCACUUUCAAAGAGUAACACGGAGAAAGAUCUUGAGACCUGUGGGAUUCUUGGAGCCCAUUUACAGGAGAAAGAAACCUUCUAUGUGACUACGCUUGUCAUACCAAAACAGGAAUCGACUUCCAAUUCUUGCCAAGCUAUAAACGAGGAAGAAGUCUACGCAAUUCAUAGCGAACGAUCCCUUUGUCCAGUUGGAUGGAUUCAUGUAUGCUGCCCAAUUACGCAUCCUUCACAGAGUUGUUUCAUGUCUUCAAUAGAUCUGCACACUCACUAUCCAUAUCAGGUAAUGGUGCCUGAGGCUUUCGCCAUUGUCGUUGCUCCAACAGAUGCAUCAAGGAGCUUUGGAAUAUUUCGACUGAGUGAUCCUGGUGGGAUGAAGAUCCUGAGGGAGUGUCAAGAGGAUGGUUUUCACCCUCACAAAGAUCCAGAAGAUGGCAGCCCCAUUUACGAGCUCUGCUCUAAUGUCUACCAAAAUUCCAACUUGAGAUUUGAAAUCAUUGACUUGCGUUCAUGAUGCAAUGCUCCAAAGCGGUUUUGGGUUCGGUUCAUAGUACGAAAGAAUCGCACUCUGUUUUUAUGUCCAAGUUUAGAAUGACAGUGAAUUGAGAAUUUAAGCUUCCAAUGGCUCGCAUUAUUAAAUGUUGAGAAUUGUAGCAGUGUUUUGGAACCCAAGGCCUAGGGAUUAUGGAGACUUGUUUGAUAGAUAUAUACAAGAAAGUGUUGAAGUUA